AGUAUAGUAGAGUAUGGCUGCCGCCAUUGAUAACAUGAGUUCACAAGUCAAGAAAGUAACAGAGAAGCGAAAACUAAAUGAAGAAACUGACAAAGAUCCAGGGUUUUUUGAUGAGCAGUAUAAUAUGAAAAAUGAUGCCAAUGACCUAUCUGAUACCAGCGACUCUGAAGAAAGCAUCUUUUCUGAACUUGACGACAUUGAAGGUGAGGAGAGUGAUUCAGGAAAGAGUGUCUCCACAGAUGAGAGUUCUCUGGAAAACUCAGAGGAGAACAGUAAGGAUGAUGAUGCCGAAGAGGAAGAUCUUAGAAAAGAAGAAAUGAAAAAGGACAACACUACGAUUGUUACUAAUGUCGGCUCGUGGUUGGAUAGCAAGAACAUGCCUGAAGUAGAUGAAUAUGAAGAAGACUCUUCAGAUGAAGAGGAUAUCCGUAACACAGUCGGUAACAUCCCACUGGAGUGGUACAAUGACUAUCCGCACAUAGGCUAUGACUGGAGAGGAAGGAAGAUUGUGAAGCCAGCAACAGGCGAUGAGCUCGAUAAAUUUCUCGACAAAAUGGAUAAUCCAGAUUAUUGGCGCACUGUAAAGGACAGGCAAACUGGCCAAAGUGUGAUAUUAUCUGACCAGGAUCUAGAUAUUGUCCAGCAAAUACAAGCAGGAAAGUAUCCAGAUGUGUCAUAUAAUCCUUAUGAGCCAUGGGUGGAUUUUUUCUCCCACGACACGAUGGUUCAUCCUGUAACCAGGCAACCUGAGCACAAGCGCAGUUUCAUCCCAUCGAAGAUAGAAAAAGAAAAGGUUAGCAAAAUACUGCAUGCUAUAAAAAUGGGAUGGAUCAAGCCACGCGUGCCUAAGGAUGAAACUGCAAAAUUCUACGACCUGUGGAAGGAUGGUGAAUCGUCGCAGACAGCAGCCAUGGAGCGCCGACUCAAGCAUCACAUUCCUGCACCGAAGCUUAUGUUGCCUGGUCACGAGGAGAGCUAUAACCCACCACCAGAGUACCUGCUUACACCUGAUGAGGUAGAGGCAUGGGAAAACCAGGAGCCGGAAACAAGAAAGAUCAACUUCAUUCCGAAGAAGUAUCCACAUCUAAGAUCAGUGCCGGCUUAUACACGAUUCAUCAAUGACCGCUUUGAACGAUGCCUAGAUCUUUAUCUUUGUCCCCGUCAGCGCAAGAUGAGGGUUCAUGUCAGGCCAGAAGACUUGAUACCCAAGCUGCCAAAGCCAAGAGAUUUGCAGCCAUUUCCUACAAUAUGUUCCAUUGUGUACAUUGGCCAUGAGGACUUUGUACGGUGUAUCAGUGUGGAACCAACAGGGCAAUUCUUUGCAUCAGGUUCAGAUGACCGUACUAUACGGAUAUGGGAAGUUGCUACUGGUCGAUGCCUAAAAACUCUACAGGUGGAAGGAACGGUGAAGGAUAUUUCGUGGUGUCCAAACUCAAAUUUGUGCCUGGUAGCUGCGGCAAUCAAUUCGACGGUAGUGUUGUUGAAUCCUGGUACAGGAGACAAACUUUUAGCUAAUGGCACUGAUGCUACCCUGAAAAACUCACUGACUGAAGGGGAAACAAAAGAUUCUGGAGCAGUGGUUUGGAAAGAGGUACCAGCUGAAAAGUAUGACACAGGAUUCAGAUUGACAUUGGAGUUCAAAAAGGAGGUGAGUAAGGUGACCUGGCACAGCAAGGGUGACUAUUUUGCGACAGUGGAGCCACAGGCAGGUGACGGCUCAGUAAUGCUACAUCAGCUGUCUCGUAGACGGUCUCAGAAUCCAUUUAGAAAGUCCAAAGGGUUGGUUCAGUCUGUUUUGUUUCAUCCUACCAGACCAUAUCUAUUUGUUGCUACUCAGAGGUAUGUUAGAGUAUAUAACCUGCUGAAACAGGAGCUCACUAAGAAACUACUGACCAACUGCAAGUGGGUGUCAAGCAUUGCCAUACAUCCUAAAGGUGAUAAUGUUAUCAUCGGUAGUUAUGACUGCAGGCUGGGGUGGUUUGAUCUAGAUCUGUCUACCAAACCCUAUCAAACUCUAAGGCACCACAAGAAGGCAAUCCGACAAGUUAGCUACCACAAGCGUUACCCGUUGUUUGCGUCUGCGUCGGAUGAUGGUACAGUCAUCGUCUGCCAUGGGAUGGUCUACGCUGAUCUGCUGCAGAAUCCCCUGAUAGUGCCUGUCAAGAUUUUGCGUGGCCACAAGGUUAACAAGGCUUUGGGUGUGCUGGACUGCAUGUUCCACCCAACGCAGCCAUGGCUCCUCUCCGCUGGUGCUGACCACACGGUCAGACUCUUCACGUGAUGACUUGCUGCACUUCGACUGCUGUCCUAUACUAUUGCCACUGUUUGCCCCAACCAUCAUGGUGUCAUUGCUUCCAAAUGGCACUGGUCCACAAAGUAAUUAUGAAUGGGAGGCAACGCUGCCUAGUGCCUACUGUACUGAUUCAGUUCACAGACAUUCUCAUGGAUAUCAAAUCUGUCGUGUACGCCCAGCUCACGUGAACUGGUAAAAUUCGGGUAUUUUGGCAUAUAAAGGUUAUAGGCAUUUUUUAACAUGGUAGGGUUUCACAGAGUCAUGGAUGCAGAGGUAUGAAAUCAGCCUAGAAUUAUCAUGCCACAUAUGAGCUAGCUUGAUUUUCUAUUUACAUUUGACAUAGGGGAUAGAUUUGUGAAACACUGGUUUGUGUUUAGUCCUUUUAACUGUCAGUAAUCAUCAUGGCCACUGGAUUUAUAUUUGUAACAUGAGCUGAAUUUCCAAGCUGGAUCGAACAAUGUUGUCCAACUGUCGUGCACUGUGCUAAAAAAACACGAUUUUUUUGUACAAAUCUA